UGCCUUUCUUCAGAAAUUAAUGAAAUUUAGAAUGUAAAAUUGUCUUGAGUUUACAUAAAACAAUAACAAAAGACAAAAAGGGUCUUCGAAGCUAGAUGACAUUAGCCAAUUCGGCAAUUGGACUUUACGUAUUACUCUCUCUCUCUCUCUCUCUCUCUGCAGCUUUGUUUUGCAGGGUUUCUGUUCCAAUUUUUAAUCACUUUCGAACUGGGUUUGAUCAACUCGCUCAGGACAAAUGUCAGCUGAACCAGUCAAUGUAAAUGAAUUCCAGGAACUGGCAAGGCAAGCCCUCCCGAAGAUGUACUUCGAUUUUUACAAUGGUGGAGCUGAGGAUCAACACACGCUAAGAGAGAAUUUGGAAGCAUAUUGUAGAAUCAUUAUUCGACCGAGAAUUCUUGUAGAUGUGAGCAGAAUAGAUAUGUCAACUACCAUAUUGGGUUACCAUACUUCGGCACCAAUCAUGAUUGCUCCAACUGGAAUGCAUAAGCUGGCACAUCCUGAAGGAGAGGUUGCAACAGCCCGAGCAGCAGCUGCAUGUAACACCAUCAUGGUAUUGUCCUUUUCGUCUAGCUGCUCUGUUGAGGAGGUUGCUUCCAGCUGCAAUGCUGUUCGCUUCUUUCAAAUAUAUGUACACAGAAGACGGGAUGUAACAGCUGAGCUAGCACAGAGAGCUGAACGAAUGGGCUUCAAGGCUAUUAUUCUUACUGCUGACACGCCUAGACUUGGUCGAAGGGAGGCAGACAUAAAGAACCGAUUGGUUGUGCCUCAGUUGAAGAACUUUGAAGGUCUAUUGUCAACUGAAGCAGUUACUGGUAAGGGUUCAGACCUUGAAGCUUUUGCAUCACGCAUGCAUGAUUCUUCUCUGUGUUGGCAGGACAUAGAGUGGUUGAGGUCUAUUACGAGCUUGCCCAUUUUAAUCAAAGGAGUGCUAACUGCUGAGGAUGCAACAAAAGCUAUGCAAAUGGGGGUUGCUGGGAUUAUUGUCUCUAAUCAUGGAGGUCGUCAGCUAGAUUAUUCUCCAGCCACCAUUACUGUUUUGGAAGAGGUAGUUGGUGCUGUCGGAGGGAGAAUUCCUGUUCUCUUUGAUGGAGGAGUGAGGCGUGGUACAGAUAUUUUCAAGGCAUUAGCUCUUGGGGCACAAGCUGUUAUGGUUGGAAGGCCAGUGGUCUAUGGACUGGCAGCAAAGGGAGAGUAUGGGGUGCGACGAGUCAUUGAAAUGCUGAAAGAUGAGCUUGAGCUCACCAUGGCGCUCUCUGGUUGCCCUACUCUGAGGGAUGUCACCAGAAGCCGUGUGAGGGUAGACCAAGUCGGCGCUCUCAACUGUAGGCUCUAGUUGCAAGCAUCCCAACAGAUCUAGAGAUCGAUGAUUUGGAAGCGACUACUGCCCUGCAGAUCGUGAACCAUCAUUGCAUUGAAUAACAACCCUCGUCGGGUUUUUCUCCUGUUGUUGUUCCCUUCUUUUCUCCGGCGUGUACUGAUUUUGUUUAGCAUGGAUACGUUCGGCUGGUACACAGUCCUGUGAUGAUCAUGAUAUGAAUUUGGUGUACAAGAGAUUGUUCUGGGGUAAUUUUCAUCAUAAUGUUUGAGCAGAAGAUAACGUUGAGGAGCAUAAAGCCAUAGACCUCUUUGAAAUAAAGAAAAUCCCUUUAAGCAAACUACAAUAAGCUUUUUCUUGUU